CCCACAAUUUGCUCACAAGAUGUUCAAGAAAUAAAAACAUGAAAAACACAACAUCUCUACCAGAAUUCCACUUCAUUCAACUCUCAGAGGAUCCAGACCUACAGACUGUUGUCUUUGGCCUUUUAUUGUUCAUGUACAUCUUGACCCUGUUUGGAAACCUGCUCAUCAUCCUGACAGUAAGCUCUGACUCCCAUCUCCACACACCCAUGUACUUCUUCCUUUCCAACCUGUCCAUGGUUGAUAUUGGUUUCAUCUCCACCACUGUUCCAAGGGUGAUUGUGGACAUCCAUGUUCACUGCCCAGUCAUCUCCUAUUUGGGCUGCCUUACACAGAUGUCACUGUUUAUAAUUUUUGGAUGUAUGGAUAGCAUGCUUCUGGCUGUGAUGGCGUAUGACAGGUUUGUGGCCAUCUGCUACCCUCUGUAUUACCAGGUCAUUAUGAAUCCCAGUUGCUCUGGUGUCUUAGUUCUAGGGUCUUUUCUUAUUAGUCUUCUGGAAUUACUGUUGCACUAUGUGGCAAUAUUAAAAUUUUACAACUUUGAGAAAUAUAAUGAAAUUUCUAAUUUCUUCUGUGGUUCUUCUGAAGUCCUCAAACUUGCCUGUUUUGAUAGUGUCAUCUGUAACAUAGUCAGAUAUUGUAUAGGCAUUAUCUUUGGGUUACUUCCUAUUUCAGGAAUCAUUUUCUCUUACUUUAAAAUAGUUUCCUCCAUCAUGCGAACACAAUCAUCAAGUGGGAAGCACAAAACCUUCUCCACCUGUGGGUCGCAUUUGUCCAUUGUUUGCAUGUUUUAUGGAACAGGACUAGGAGUGUACUUUAGCUCUUCUCUGUCCCAUUCCACAAAAAGUAAUGCAGUUGCCUCAGUGAUGUACACUGUGGUCACUCCUAUGUUGAAUCCCUUCAUCUACAGCCUGAGGAAUAAGGACAUUAAAACUGCCUUAAGGAAGAUUCUUAGCAGAGCCUCAUCCUUAGAUAAGGAAGGAUUUUUAAGUACAUAA